AUGCCAAUACAGCGGCGGCACGCUGUUUCGGUUUCUCAGGAACUACGAGGAGUCGCUCGGGCGCCUGUCCUGUUUGUACAUAAAGGCGCCAUGGGGCGCCUAUUUGCGGUGCCGGUGCUGCUGUUGUUGUCACUUUUGACCUUCUCGGGAGAAGGGGUUCGGAUCGGUACUGGAGACAGAAGGUUAUUGAACGAUGCUGGAAGCCCCCCGCCAGCCGUGAAUGUGUUUGGCGGCCUCAUCUUCUUAGACGACCAUACAGACAUGAGGCAAUACGCCAUUCGCAAGGGCGACGGCUCCACAACACCCAUCGCCCCCGGCUACGAGCUCCCUCCGACGGAUGUCAACGGCCAGAGUAUCCUACCCGGCGCGUAUGUUUCCAUUUUUUGCUAUAUCGUCGACGGAGUGUGCCAUCCGGUUCCGGGAACCAGCGUCACUGUUACGGAGACUUCCCCCGUAAUUCCACCCUCGACCAACACCACAAUCUAUCAGCGGCUCCUGGUGAUCAUCCUGGACUACUCCUUCUGCGGUUACCCGUCCAGUGUCACGGAAGCGGAAGUACGCUCCAUUUUCCUAGGGCCAGAUGGAGACGGCAGCGGUGGAGUCGCGCAAAAGUACACCCAGUGCUCGUACGGGAAGUUCAACCUGAAUGUGACAGCUUUCCGGGUCGUCACCGUGAAGAACAACUGCACAAGCACGGGACCAACUACAUGCAGCUGGUGGUCGCUCUCCCAGGACGGCGAUGCAGGCGCCAAGGCAAUGUUAGGUCUGGGGACAUUCUCCGAUGCGACUCACUUUGCGUACAUCGUGCCGCCGCAAGUGACAUGCGGCUGGGCGGGGCUGGCACUACUGCCUGGACGGCAGAUCUGGCUGGCGACUUCGGAUUACGGCGUGCGGCGCUGGGCCACCAUCAUGCAAGAAGCGCUUCACAACUACGGUCUUUGGCACUCCUGGCAAAGCAAUGUCGAGUACAAUGACUACUCAACCGCGAUGGGUCGUGGAGAUGUCUGCCCCAACGCCGCCGAGAUUUCUCGUAUGGGCUGGGCUACACCUGCUGCACCGGGGGGCGACCGCAUCGACUCCAGCACCUUGCCACUCGGCAGCGUCCUCAGCUUCACCCUGCCAGCCACCUACCUGACCUCAGAGGGAAACUACCUCCGAGUGGUUCCGGACUGGCUGCCUACGUACGCAAAUGUGACAUCUAAGAACCUGUAUAUUGCCCUACGUGUCAACAAGAAUGGAGACGCAUUAUUGGACCCUUUCUACGCUAAUAAAGUGAACGUUCACGAAGUCAACGCAACCAUGGACAACGGCUACCCUGUCAGCUGGGUUUACAGCGACCGCAAGAUCUCCUAUCUCGCAACUGCCCCACCGAUGAGCCGAAGAAACCUGACCGCCUACAAGUUAUCGGUUUACGGCGGUUCCUGGGCUGCACUCGACACUCUCAGAGUGCACCUCUGCCGCUAUCAGUCCUCCGCAGAGGAAUGCCCUUCCGUCGAGUUCAUAGAAUCACAACCCGUGGCACCUCCCAAGCCGCCGCCGCCAAGCCCGCCGCCACCAAGCCCGCCGCCGCCGAGCCCGCCGCCGCCAAGUCCGCCGUCGCCAAAUCCGUCGCCGACGCCCCCGCGGCCCAGUCCCCCGCCACGACCAAGCCCUAAGCCUCCCAAGCCGCCAAGCCCUCCACCCAAGCCCCCGUCUCCACGCCCAUCACCACCACUUCCCAGUCCUCCAUCGCCAAGCCCCCUACCGCCACCACCGCCGCCGCCGCCAUACCUGCCGCCACCGACCCGUUCACCCUCCCCCCAGCCAAAGCCGCCAUCGCCUAAGAGUCCGCCCAAGCCGCCCAAGCCGCCCAAGCCGCCCAGCCCACCACCCAGCCCACCAAAGCCACCGCCCAGCCAGCUACCUUGA